GGCCACCCUCGACAUUCUUAAACCCCAGCCAAGGCAGCCAGCUGCCUGAACUGUUCCUGCGUAUCGACUCGCGACUCGGUACCUUUUCUAUAUCAUCCACGGUACUUGGUCCUCGCUUGGUCCUCGACACUCUCCGCCCGUGCGACGUGUCGCCAUCCCUGUCGCGCAACUAUUCAUCAUCCUUAUUCACUAGAAUACUAUUUUCCAUCAGCAUUUUAUCAAUUCACUAUUCUCCUCGGCUUUUGGAGUCCUCUACCGCAUCGGGCGCGGUGUGCCAAGUGCCCAUUUCUAAGGCGCGAAACCAGCAACACCACCUCCAGCUCACAUGGCGAUACCUGAUGCUAGCGCGUCGGGCUACCCGGCUGCUAUCCUGCGAUUUGCCAUUUUCGUGCCAUUUGGCAUCUACUAUGCAACUGCAGGGCAACACUGGACAACUAUUAGGAAGCACGACAUCCUCCAGCAUGCUCCCUAUAGCCCCAGCAUAGGUCACGGAGAGCUCAUUGCAGCAAGAUGGACCAAAAUCGGCUUCUACUGGAAUUUCGCCAUCUGGAUACCCAACAUCAUCUUUCCAGGACCUCUCGUUUUCCUAGUUGGCGUCUUCGACACUGCCAUUGCUACCAUGUUGAGCCUUGCCCUAAACUCGCAGACGAAACACAGUCCUCACACGUUCGGUACUUGCAAAUGGGGAGGUGCCGAAACCUGGCAGGUGCCCAACGGCACUGAGAGCUUCUUCACUGUGGCUGGCCGACUCAAUUCUACAGUCGCUUCCUCGGAGAGAAUGUGCAGGGACUAUGUUCAGGAAUGGAAAUAUAGCAUGGCCAUUGUGACCCUCUACUGGACGAUCGCUCUCUGCAACUUGGCCUUCAGCAUCAUCUCAACAGUAUCCGCCGCAAAGUCUUCAACCCCACAGUCCUUUCGCAAGAAUUUGAUCGACUCCGCCAUGGCCUUGCCUCGCCUCAUCUUCUUUAUCCUUAUGGGCUUGUCUAUUAUUCCUAUUAUCAUCUUCCGUUGUCUCCCUCUCCCCAUCAAAUCCCGCUUCCGCUUCGGCACCCGCUAUACUGUCAAAGCCACCGAAGUUCUACCACCGCCAGAAGAGAUCAAGAUGCGCAUGAUGCGGCCAACGCCCAUUCCGCCCUCUCAUACCCGCUACGACACCCAUGGGGCCUACGAACAAUCUCCUAACCCUCUCGCCGACUUCCUCAACUACGACAUUCUCGUCCUCAUCGCCCGCGACCUCCACUACGUCGAUCUCAUCAAUCUCUCCCUAACCUCGAAGAGCAUGCGCGACGUCGUCUUCCCCGGCACCGACCACGCCGCCCGCUCCGACCACUUCGCCCUCUACACCUGCGAGCCGGAUUCGAAAACCGAGUGCUGGAACUGCACGAUGCAGACAUGUCGUGGCUGCGGUUUCUGGAGCCACAUGCCGCAGACGGCGACGCUGUUCCACCUCGACGGCUGCGAGCCCUAUUGCAGCAGCUGCUACUUCAGCAACGUUUGCGCUCGCAAGGGGAAGGCCAUGGAUAACACAAAGUGCGUGUGUGCGCCGAAGCCGCCGCCGAGCUGGUGGAAGAGGAUCAUGUACGGGGAGACGGCUACUAGGGUUCAAGUGGCGGCCAGUGGGACGGCACCAUCGCGGCUGCUGUGCGCGAUGUGUUGGGAUAUGGGAUCUUUGGAGGUGGCGCAGCGGCGCGAGGAGAGGACGAAGGCGGAGCUGCGAGACCCCAAUCGGUGUAAGACGUGUGCGAAGUGUGGGCUGGGUCUGGGACGGGGCGUCCGGUGGUGGGUACAUAAGCAAUGUGGGAAGGAGUGUAGGAGUCGUCUCCAUCUCCCGUGGGGAAUACUAGGGAAAGGUAGGGACGAGGAGGGGUGAGAGCAUGCCAGAAGAUUGGGAGGAUCGUAAUUUGCAUAACGGACGAUUGGUGUAGCAUGGCGUUUGGGGUACGAUUCAAUGAUGUACAUGAUAGGGACUCGAACCGAAGGAUUCUGUUUCUGACAUUGCAAAGCCGGAUCAUCGCCCUGGUGAUCCAAGUUUCAACACUAGAUACUGCCCAAAACCACGCCACAAGCCCUCAACCUUCCAUCUUCUCGUCCUUCUUCGCC